AUGAGAUUUUUGACAAAGCUACUGGUUUUUGGCGUAACGAUUGGUUGCUCCCUUAGCUCGGUAUUAUCCAAUGAGAACGGAACCUGUUCCAUGGAGAUGUUUGGAAAUGACUUCAGUGCGUACAUGGCUUGCAUUACGGAGUUUGCGCAUCAAUCGAAUUGGUUUCCGUCACCCAUAGCGGGUCUGUUUAGCUAUCAGAUUUGGAACGGGUAUGAUGGGUUUUGGCAGAAUGGUGCUGUACUUGAACCCAUGGCUAACUUUAUGGAGUAUGCCCAACACAAGAGAUACCUGACGGUGGUAACGGGCUCUCAGAGAGAUCUUUAUUCCUUAAUGGAAGCCUAUGGUCCGUACCCUUCCUUUGAUGACAUGGGUUGGUUUGGUCUCAGCUAUGCCAGGAUAUACGAACUUUUCAGUCUACAAGAGUUUCUUCAGACGGCCAUAGACAUUCUGAACUGGAGCUGGAAAACUGGGUGGGAUUCUACUGGGCAGUGCAAUGGAGGCAUGUGGUUUGACAACAACUUCAAUGCUAAACAGACUAUAACAGAUGUCCAAAUGUACCAUCUAGCGGCUAAACUCUACAGGCUGACUAACAAUACUGAAUUCAGAAGUAAAUACAAAAAGAUCGAAGAAUACAUCUUCUCAAAUAACUUAAUCAACAGCUCUACAUUUCUCCUCAGCGAUGGCAUUGAUUUAAACUCUUGUAAACCUUCGAAUAGUGUUGGGUUUACGUAUGAAACUGGAAUUAUGAUGGGAGCUUUUUCAGAAAUGUAUAAACUUACCAAUAACGAUUCAUACCUUAUUCUAGCAGAUAAAAUAGCCACAGCAGCAAUCCAAUACAACAGUAACGCCAGCGGAAUAUUCACCGAAAAGAACUGUGACCCCGACUGCGAUGACGACGCCAAGAUGUUUAAAGGAAUUUUUGUUCGGAAUUUAAGAUAUUUCAUGGAUACAGUCAAUGAUACCACAAUUCGUGAAAAGUAUCAGAAAUGGAUGGAAUUUCAAGUUCAAGCGAACAUAAAACACAAUAUGUGUAACGAGGUCCCAAUCUCUCGAUGUAACAUCACAUUUAAGGAUGGACCCCCUUACUUCAAAGUUUCAGGGCCUGUCUUUUCACCUGACUGGAACGGUCCAUUCACAAAUGGAGCACCGAUGCAGCAAACUUCCGUUCUAGACCUUUUUGUUGCUAGCAUACGGCCAGGAACGAAAUGUUCUGGGAUUUUCUGUAACUACGAUCCGCAUGUUCCUCCGCCACAACCUAUGACCUGCGGAUCACACCCGUGUCCUGCCGAGGAGGAAUGCUGCGAAUAUAGUCCCUACACUUCCUAUACUUGUUGUGAAAAGUCACAAAAAUGUAAUAAACAAGGGAUAUGCGUAUAG